GGGCGAGGGUGGUAGUGGAGGCAGUGGUACGCUGGGUGUAGGUAAGAGUGAGGUUCUCAGUGGCGACGGUGGUGCGAGAGGUGGCCGUGUACGUCUUGCUCUCGGUGGUGACGGUGGUCUUGAUGGUCUUGGUGACGGAGGUGGUGGUGUCAAUAACGGCGGUGAUGGCCUUGUCGCCGAGACCGCUGGCCACGGAGGCAGGGAUGGAGCCAUCGCCGUUGUUGGCGGCGGCUGCGGCGGAGGUAGUGAUGGCAGCAUCUGCGGCUGCAGAGGUGCCGGAGAUGGCUGCGGCCGAGACCAUACCCGCGAUAGGGAGGAGGCUGACGAGAGACUUGAUGAAAUGCAUUUUUGCGAGAUGGGUAUUGUGCAAGUGAGCGACAGAAGUGAGUGACUGUGAGUAAGAGUGAGUA